AUGAAGCAAAGUACAGUAGUCGGUCUGAUUGCCUCCAUUGCCUCCUUUGCCAAGGCUACAGCUGCCGGCACUCCGGUAUUAGCGGCAAGAGCUUCAUCUACUUCAAGCGUUGAGGCUGUUACGAUUUCGGGAAAUGCUUUCUACAAGGGUAGCGAUCGUUUCUAUAUUCGUGGUGUCGACUAUCAACCAGGUGGAGGAACUGGUACUACUUCCGAUCCUAUUGCCGACGCAACUUCAUGUAAGAGAGAUGUCGAAUAUUUCCAACAAUUAGGAAUCAACACAAUCAGAGUUUAUGCUGUCGACAACACUGCCGACCACGACGAGUGCAUGGGUUAUCUUGCUGAUGCCGGUAUCUACCUUGUCCUCGACACUGAUACGCCCCUCUAUUCCCUUAACAGAAACGAGCCCCAAAAGUCGUACAACAGCGUCUACCUUCAAUCCAUCUUUGCCACUAUUGACAAGUUCGCCAAUUACACCAAUACCCUUGCUUUCAUCUCCGGUAACGAAGUCAUCAACGAUGUGAAUAACACCAACUGUGCUCCAUAUGUCAAAGCUAUCGUUCGAGACAUGAAGGAAUACAUUGGUAGCCGUGGUUAUCGAUCCAUUCCUGUCGGCUAUUCCGCUGCUGACGUAGCUGCCAACCAAUAUACCCUUGCUGAGUACUUGAAUUGUGGAACUGAUGAUGAACGAUCCGAUUUCUACGCCAUCAAUGACUAUUCAUGGUGUGAUCCAUCUUCCAUGACCACAUCUGGCUGGGACACUCUUGUCAAAAACUACACUGGCUACAGCAUUCCUCUAUUCAUGUCUGAAUUUGGUUGCAUUACCAACACCAGAAAAUUUACCGAAAUUGCCGCUCUUUACAGUACUGAAAUGACCGCCGUUUUCUCUGGAGGACUUGUGUAUGAAUAUUCCAACGAGGGUAACGGAUACGGUCUUGUAGAUAUCAGUGAUGGAACUGUUACUACCACCGACCAAUUCACAUACCUCAAGGAGGCAUACGCAAACACUACUGCUCCAACGGGAGACGGUGGAGCCGUUACCACUACUGGAUCAGCAACCACGUGUCCAACGGAAAGCUCCGAAUGGAAUGUUUCGGGCGAUAGUCUUCCAGCUAUGCCUACCCCAGCCCAGAAAUUCAUGACUAAUGGUGCGGGUACUGGACCUGGUUUAGAUGGAGCUGGAUCUCAAGAGGCGGGUGAUACAGAGAACGAAUCUCAAGGCACUGCCACGGCAGGCUCUGGCGCAGUUACUUACACUGCUUCUGCCGGAUCUUCGAGUUCCACAUCUUCUAAAUCUGCUUCUAAAUCUGCCGGUGGUAGAAGUGUCGAAGUUGAUAUGAGAGCCUUUGGAGUUGUUGCAGUAACGCUUGCCAGUAUGGUCUGUGGUAUGUUGUUGCUUUAA